CGAGCCUCACCCCCGCCCCCGCUUUCCGCGUUCGGGGAAGCGCGAUAGCCAAUUAGCGAGCAGGGCCGCCCGCGGGCGGGCUCCGCCGGCCGCGGCCUUGAGGAGCGGUUCGGUGGUGGCCCCGCUAUUGGUAGUGGGCAGCGCCCGCCCCAAGGCCCUCGCGUCACCGCUGGCAGUAGCGAACGCUCCUCUCCGCUGCCGCUCCCCGUCCAGCCCCGCGGAAGAGCCCAUACCAGAGCGCAGAGCGUCCCGCCCGCUCGUUGAGCAGCGCCCUGCCAUUGGUUGUCCUGCCGCGGAGAUCGCUUUGAGGAAUUUUGAUUGGCCUGUGGCCGGUGACGUCGCAGGCAGGUUGCUCGCCGAUUGGCUAGGGCCUUUGGCGGGGGGCUCGUAGCGAGGGCGAGGGCGGUGUCGCGGCCCUGUCUGUGGGUGCUCUGAGGCGAGGUCCUGCCGGCCGCCGCCAAGGCCCCCGCGGGGGCGCCGGCUGUGGCGUGGCCGCUCCCGGCAGUGCUGGGGGGCUGCUAGGCCGCGGGCGGGGCGGGCCCGGCUGUCCCGCUCCCCCUCAACCGUUUCUCACGGCGGUGCUGCCGCUCGGCGCCCCGUGCCCAGGGCAGGCCGCGGUAGGCCCUGGCGGCGCCCUGCCCGUGGGACACGCCUGGCUUCCCGCUGGCUCCCCGCCGGUGAUUUCCCUGUUUUCCCAGUGCCUCGCACAGUGGCUGCGGUGGAGUGGCUUCGUGGGAGGGGAGUAUACGGAAUGGUCUGAGGUCCCUCCAGUCAAAGGUCCUUAUAGUCAUGGUUCAUUUCAAAUCCUCCCCUCUGUCGUCAGCCUCUCCUCCCCCGUGUUAACAGAGGGACCCUCCGUGAUUCCCGUGUUCUUGUGUAACCCUCAACGCACCCGCCGCAGCCCUGCCUGACUGGGAGCUGGUAACAGUGACAGAGCCCAGCCGCUUUAAAAUUACCUGAUGUGCUGUUCAGCCCGGCGCUGUAAUCAGGAAAUGAAUUGGGAGCAGUUUGACUUGAACCCUAAAGUAGUUGCUGCCCUUAAGAAAGCUGACAUAAAAUCAAUAAAAGAGAUUUUAAAUCUUUCUGGAGCGGACUUGCAAAGAUUGAUGAAACUAUCUAGUGCAGAUAUACAGUGCUUACUGAAAACAGUCUCUCAUGCGCUGAGGAGAAACAGUAUGCUUACAGCUCUUCAGCUCUACCAAGAUCAUCUCACCUCCCAACACCAGAAGCUAAGCCUUGGAUGUUCAGUACUAGAUAACUUGCUAAAAGGUGGCAUUCCUUUAGAGGGAAUCACAGAACUUGCCGGGGAAAGUUCUGCUGGGAAGACUCAGAUUAGCUUACAACUGUGCCUUUGUGUGCAGUAUCCUUACAAGUAUGGAGGAUUAGAGUCUGGAGCUGUCUACAUUUGUACAGAAGAUAUAUUCCCAAGUAAGCGUUUGCAACAACUUAUAGAACAACAACGUAAGAUGCGUACGGAUGUUCCAGCUGAAAUCAUACAAAAGAUCAAAUUUGGAAACAGUAUUUUUGUUGAGCAUGCAGCAGACCUAGAUACCUUUCACAACUGCAUUACUAAAAGGAUUUCCCUCCUGCUCACAAGAGGCAUGGUGCGGCUGGUGAUCAUAGACUCUCUUGCUGCUUUGUUUCGAUGUGAAUUUGGAGCUUCAGAUUCUGUUACGAAGGCUCGGUAUUUGCAGACAUUUGGAGCACAGCUUCACAGUUUAAGCACUAGAUUCAGGACUCCAAUACUGUGCAUUAAUCAGGUGACCGAUGCAGUGAGCGAGCUGGAAGCUGCUCAGGGCAGUUGCAGUGUAGCGGAUAACAAAGCCUAUCCAGCACUUGGAAUAACCUGGGCAAAUCAGCUGCUAAUGAGACUGAUGGUCAGCCGAGUACCGCAGCCUGAGCGAUCACCUGGAGCGGCAUCACACCACAGUGGAAGUGUACACUAUGUAAGGGAAAUAGCCACCUCUGCCUUUCCCCAGUCAUACCUGUUUAAGGGUGCAGCAGCCAUCUCCAUGUGGAAGCGUGCAGCUGGGUAGCAGAAAGGAAAAGUGUGUAGCAGACAUGGGGUCAGGUGGAACUCUCUGGCAGCAGGAAGAGUUCUCUGAGCACAACAGAGCAUAUGACACAAGGAAGAGACCCAGGAAGACAGGGACUCUGUGACUGCCACCGGGAAGUUCUGGAUGAGAACAGGCACAGUCGUGGCUUGAAGCUGAAGGAAGGAAACGCUAAGCAAGCAGAAAGAAGGAUGAGUUUAUUUCAGUGCGUUCUGCAAUCCCUUCAGUCAUCUACAGGGACUUGUGCAAAUAGCAUAAAUUGUCUCUAAAUCUCUUUCCUAAAUUGUCUUAAUUCCCUGUAUUUGAAAAUGACUGUUCUCUGGUAUUUUUUAGUAAAAUCCAACCAUGAAGCUUAGAAAUCUUUGUGUACUCUGGCCAAGGAAAAAGUGAGUGCUACAGCUCAGAGGCAUGGCUACCUCAGUCCUCAAAUCCUUCUGUUCCAUGCCUCUUUCCUAACUAUUUUACUGGCCAUAGAUUAAUACAGCACAAGUAACAUUCAAGUUACUCUCUUCCAUUCUUGGCCUGUGUAUCUGGGACAAGAACUUUAGCCAGUGUAUUGCUCAUCCUAUUGCGUGAAUUUGAUUUAGAAAAAAAAAAAGCCACAGACAGAUGUAACUGAUUAACAGGCAUCAGUCAACCUCUACCUGGACAUGCAUUUACUGAGGAGCCUCACGGAAGCCCAGGCUCCAGCCCCAGGAACUGGCCUCUCUGUGCACCACGUUCAUGGAUACGCGGCUCAAGGCUCAGUUGCGUAGUAUUUUGAUGAACAUCUCUUCUUGCAACCUGACCGCCUGCAGGAAUGAGACAGACAUGUUAAACGUCACAGAUGGGUCUGUAACCAAAGCCCCGGGUUACCUGGUAAAGAACACUUUUACCACCAAAUUUAAGUAACAUCUAAGUAAGUCCUGUCAUCACUCACGCUGGUAACUUACUUAGCUUUCCAGCUGGAGGUUUAAAGCUGAGUGAGAACACAUUACAGUGUGCUUCCUGGCGCAUCAUCACAUGCGCACACCUUUAACCUCCAAAAUACAACUGAGCCCAGGCUUACGUCAGUCGCUCGCAGCAGCUGAACGUCCCUCUGCAGUUUCUACCACUUUCUCCAGUUACUUACACCCCCAGUCAGAAAUCUGUAGGGCAGCUCUGGGGCUGCAAACCCUCACAAAGACUGGACAAAGCAUCUGCCAUCUGCAAAGCCUUGUGUCAAAAGCGUUGAAACAUGCUUAAGUUUCAAUAAAUGCAAUUUAAGAACCUUCCCUUUAUACA